CCGGAACUCGGAAGUUUAUCCACUCGAAAUUGUUCGUUGGAAAUCGGAAGCUUUGCAACAAUGGCGCUCAAACACCCAUGCUUGAGUUGCUCUUUCCCUUCCAUUUCCUUUGCUUCCACAAGCCCUAACCCUAAUUCCAGUGCUGCUGCACCAUUUUACUACUGGACACCUCACUUAUUUCGCUACUCCAGAACCCUAAGAGUUCACUCUUCCUUUGCAACUCCACAAUCCGUUUCUCAAUCUCCAGAUCCUAUUUUUCUCCCUUUUCUCAUCGAAGAGGAGGAAAAAGAAGAAACAGCAGAAGAAAAAGAAGAGCAGAAACCAGAACAAGCCCCUGAAGACCCAAUUGUCCAAUUCUUCAAGUCUCGCUCUGCGACUCAAGACCCCGGAAAGGAAGGCAGAGUCCACCUUCAAAAGAACCGCCGGACUUCGUGGCAUCUAGCAGAACUUGAUUGCUUAGAAGCCGAAGCUGACAAAGAAGGUGAAGAGGAAGAAGGAAAUGAAGGGUUUGGUUCUGAGGUUUCGGAUUCAUGUCCGGCAGAGGGCAUUUUAGCAGAAAUUUUGCAAAUCGCUAGGAAUCCUCCGGAAAAUUUGACAUUAGGUGAGCUUCUGGGUUCUUAUGCAGGGAAGAUUGGGGAGCGAGAUUGCGUGGAGCUGCUGCAAUUGAUGGGACAAGAGGGUCUUGUUAUGGGUUGUCUGUACUUUUUCGAGUGGAUGGGUUCGCAGGAGCCAUCACUUGUUACACCAAGGGCUUGUUCAGUUCUGUUUCCGAUCCUGGGUAGGGCAGGCAUGGUGGAGAAGUUGAUGAUUUUGUUUAGAAAUUUACCAUCCGGGAAGCAAUUCAGAGACGUGCGUGUCUACAAUGCUGCAAUCACAGGCUUGUCGGUCUGUGGCAGGUAUGAUGAUGCUUGGCAGUUGUACGAGGUGAUGGAAACAAAUAAUAUUCAGCCAGAUCAUGUAACAUGUUCUAUUCUUAUUACAGUCAUGAGGAAACGGGGUCAGAAUGCCAAAGAGGCAUGGGAGUUCUUUGAGAAAAUGAACAGGAAAGGAGUAAAAUGGAAUUUGGAAGUUUUGGGUGCUCUUAUAAAAUUCUUCUGCGAUGAGGGGUUGAAAGAUGAAGCUCUAAUCAUCCAAACAGAAAUGGAGAAGAAGGGUGUCUCUUCAAAUGCCAUUAUAUAUAACACCUUGAUUGAUGCUUACAGUAAAGCCAACAAGGUUGAAGAAGCUGAAGGUCUUUUCGUUGAGAUGAAGGAGAAAGGGAUUAAGCCAACCUCUGCUACAUACAACAUUUUAAUGGACGCAUACAGUAGAAGAAUGCAGCCUGAGAUUGUUGAAGAUCUGCUCCUGGAGAUGCAAGAUAUGGGCUUGGAACCAAAUGUGAAAUCAUAUACUUGCCUGAUUAGUGCAUAUGGAAGGAAGAGGAAAAUGAGUGACAAGGCUGCAGAUGCAUUUUUAAGGAUGAGGAAGGUUGGUAUAAAACCGACUUCACAUUCAUAUACUGCACUAAUCCAUGCCUAUUCAGUGGAUAGAUGGCAUGAGAAGGCUUAUAUGGCAUUUGAAAACAUGAAACAGGAAGGAAUUGAACCCUCCAUAGAAAAUUAUACUGCCCUUCUUGAUGCAUUUAGACGGGCUGGUGACACCCAAAAACUAAUGGAAAUUUGGAAAUCAAUGAUAAGUAAUAAAAUUGAAGGGACAAGAGUGACAUUUAACAUUCUCCUUGAUGGGUUUGCUAAACAAGGUCAAUACAUUGAAGCAAGAGAUGUGGUCUCUGAGUUUGUGAGGAUUGGCCUGCAGCCAACAGUGAUGACAUAUAAUAUGCUGAUGAAUGCAUAUGCACGGGGAGGGCAACACUCUAAACUGCCACAGCUAUUGAAAGAAAUGGCUGUUCUCAAUCUAAAGCCAGAUUCUAUAACUUACUCUACCAUGAUCUAUGCCUAUGUCCGUGUUCGUGAUUUCAGAAGAGCAUUUUAUUAUCACAAGCAGAUGGUGAAAAACAAGCAAGUGCCAGAUGCAAAAUCAUAUCAGAAGUUAAGGGCAAUUUUAGAUGUGAAAGCUGCAAUAAAGAACAGGAAGGACAAGAGUGCACUAUUAGGUAUAAUUAAUAGCAAUUUAGGAUUAUUGAAAUCCAAGAGGAAGGGGAAGAAAGAUGAGUUGUGGAAGAACAAGAAAAAGCGAUCUAGUGCAGUGCGAUGAUUCUGUUACUCUUUCGAGCAGUUGCGGUUGCAAUUUGCAGUGGGGAUGUAUGAUAAAUAACAAGGACUUGCCUGCAACAGUUGUGUUGUUUAUUGGUUUAUUCCUGCUGCAGAUAGUCCUUCCUUCUUGUAUCUUUGGUGAGGAUCAAUCUUUUGAUUUCAAGAGAACAAUCAAAGUUGCUGGAGGAGAAAGGAGAAGCUCUUCUCAUGUGCUGUGGAUACAAGUUCUUCCCCAAAGCCUGUACGCUUGCAGAAGGGUGUGCUAAGCUAAGCUACAGGCCCGAUCUCUUGCUCUACUUGAUUAUUGAUUAAGGGCAUGAUUUAUGUACUUACUGUGCAGUGUUUGAUAUUGUACUCGAAAAUAAUCACGAAGAUCCAUGUCAUGUCUGGUCGUUAAUUAUUCAGGGGACUGAUUUGCACACAUCCCAUUUUUUAUUAAAGGCAUGAUUUAUGUACUUACUGUGCAGUGUUUGAUAUUGUACUCGAAAGUAAUCACGAAGAUCCAUGUCAUGUCUGAUCGUUAAUUA